AUGUCUGUUUUAAAGAUGAUUAUGCUAAGUUUGUGGAAUCUGCAGUAAAAAAUUUGUGCCAAUCUUUAUGUAGAGAGUAAAUCCAAAAGAAAUUAGAUAUAAAAAUUAUAUGAAAGGUAUUUUGUUGUUCAAAAUUCAAAAGAUGUUGGAACAUAUUGA